ACAGUGGGGGGCGCUCGAAGAGCAGGGCAGCUACGGCCACCGCGGCCGCCGGACCGGCCAUGUGCUAAAGUUUCUGGGGCUCGGCGCCCCGCUGGGCGCGCAGCGCGGGGAGCAGAGGCGCCGUGGGUGGGGCAGCGCGGUGCUGCUGGCGCCCGGCCCCCGCGGGGUGCAGCUCUGCGCGUUCUCAUGCUGUUUCUCUCUCUUUCCCUCCGCGCUGCCUCUCCGAGGUCCUCCCGCCGAGCCCCGGCGCGGGGCAUGGGGAGCCCCCGGGUGCCGCCCAGAGACCAGCAGGCUGCGCGCACACCUAGCCAGCGGCAGACGGGGACAUGAGCAGCGCGCACGGGGUCCCGCGCCGGGCGGCCAGCCCUAUCCGGCGGCGGCCAGCGGGUCAACGCUGCCCGGGAGAAUGAGGCAGGAGCCGGCGGCAGCCUCCUUUUUUUCCUCCUCCUCGCCUUCCUGCGGCUCCGGCGCUCCGGGUCCGGGCCGGGCUGUGGCUCUGCUGCGUGCCCCGCGCGCCCCUCAACCGCCUCCGGAUGCGCUUCUCGGAUGCCCAUGAGUUAAUCCUCCCCCAAACAACAGACUAGAGAAGGUAUUCAGAGGAACACAUGUAAGACCUUCACGGUUCACCUGCAGCUCUUAGGAGUUUCUGGGACUCGGGAGGAAAGGUUAGCCUGGCAAGGAAGAUAAAGACAUUUGCACCCAAGAUGGUAAUCACUAGUGGAAAUGAUGAAGACAGAGGAGGUCAAGAAAAAGAAAGUAAAGAGGAGAGUGUCUUGGCAAUGCUGGGGAUUAUCGGGACCAUUCUGAACCUGAUUGUGAUCAUAUUUGUCUACAUAUACACCACCCUGUGAAUGGCCCAGAGCGUCCUCAGAGGCCUCGGAAUGGCCAAAGACGGAAGUCCUGCGUGUCGGCGCAUCACUGACCAGACCCUGCGAGAACAAGCAGGCUUGACCCGCACAUACCACCCAAUCAAAUGCACCUUCAAACUUUACAAAAGGUCACACAAAUAGACCGAUCCUGCUGCAGGGAGCAGACACUAAAGCACAAUGAUUCCAACAAAACUCAUUCACAGCACUAGGAACUCAACGUCUUUGGCAGGGGGUCCAGAAGAAUGCUUGGGAGACCAGCCUCUGACACCAUCGGUGAGCGGAUGGGUGCAGAAAUUCAUUAUUCCAGAUCGCUGACAGAUAUCACAUAUUUGAAAAGAUGAAUAGGGCGGACAUGGCUCAGAUGUGUGUCUCCCAGGACAAGUGUUUCAUCUUCACUUGACGAGCUAUUUAGUGGAAAAACCACAGGGGCAGCCCUUUGACAGGCAUCCCAUUCAUCAAAAGUGUCUAACUAUUUGAUACUGGGGAGAUAACUUAUUUUUCUUUUUUCAUUGGCUUGACAUGUGUAUCUGUUCAUAUCAAGGUUUAUAAAUAUAUAUUUUUAAUAAAUGUGCUCUAUUUUUUAGCAUGAACCAAAUUCUUGGAGAGGCGCUCCCAGAUCCAUAGAGCUUUCCUUAGUUUUAUCUGCUUUGUCCCCUCCUCCCUCAACUACAGAUGUUCUGUUGUGGAGCCAUUCUAGUCCUUUUGUCUCAUCUUGAGUCUUUUACCUUGCGCUUUUGUUCUCUCUCUCUCCUCUCUCUCUGCCUCUUUGGUCUGAAGGACAUUUUCCCAUACUGUCAGCCAUGGUUUUGGGUGCAUGUUUUAAGAUUGUCCAUUGAGUGGCUUUUUGUUGUUAUCUCGGAGAUAUAAAAUGAUUGUGGGCAUGCAGACCUUAGAUGCACCCUGUCUUUACUGAGAAUUAUGCAUGAAUAAGGGCUGAGUGAUAGAUCAGCUUAAAAUUAAAAGGACUACCUUUGAGGAAGAAGAGCGUGGCUAUAUUUGCAGAUGAACUUCUGAACAGAAUAUUCAGCUUCUUACUGGCAGCGUUAUUGUUUCAUUCUUGUGACCAUUCGUUUAUCAGAUUUUGAUUUUAGCGGUCAUGUACCAUGAGAGUUGGGAAGAACAAGGGGGAAAGCUCAGUAUUAGGUGCAUUACUCCUUCCUUUGCAAGAUACCUGGGAUCCUCCUCAAAAGUGGGUGGGGUAUAAAUGACACAAGAACUCCCCCAUGAGAUCUCAUGGUGAUUCAGGCUGUGAGGACAGCCCUGUGACAAGUGACUUUUCAGGGACAUGAGGAGGGGAUUUAAUGAUUGCCCUGAAGGACUUCUGUAUUUUUAAAGCCCCUGGUUUACACCCACAUGAAGCUAUUUCCUCUCUGGCAGGGAUGGUUGCAUAAAAACAAAUUAGCUCCCUUCUGGCUCCCUGAAAUGGGCCCUUGCCUGGCUACAGUGGCAUGGCCUUAAAGAGAGGGUUAGUAUUCCUUCUGCCAUUGCCAGCUGUAUUAGUCUGUUUUCACACUGCUGAAAAAGACAUCCCCAAGACUGGGCAAUUUACAAAAGAAAGAGGUUUAUUGGACUUACAGUUCCACGUGGCUGAGGAGGCCUCACAAUUACGGUGGAAGGUGAAAGGCACGUCUCACAUGGUGGCAGACAAGAGAAGUGAACAUGUGCAAGGAGACUCCCAUUUUUAAAACAGAUCUCGUGAGACUUUUUCACUAUCAUGCAAACAGCAUGGGAAACCUGCCCCCGUGAUUCAGUUACCUCCCACCGGGUCCCUCCCACAACACAUGGGUAUUCAAGAUGAGAUUUGGGUGGGGUUACAGCCAAACUCUAUCACCAGCCUUGCCCCUGGGCAGAAGCAGCAGCAGUCUGCCUGGCUGGAUUCAAAUGAUUCUGAGGCUUCUAUAGUCUAUGCCUUCAGAUCUCUCCCUCACCCAUGCUAUGGUGUCUGAAAUUCCACCAUUAGAGAGUCAUUUCUUGGGCUCUGUUAAAUGGACCAGGCUCUUUUAUAAAGAAAAUGCCCCUGAGCAGCUGGCUCUGGCAUUGAUUUAUGAUAUCUUCUCUUCCCUGCCAGAAGGAAGGAAGCUAAGGUGCAUGUAGGGCGUACUGUGUGCCCAGGCACUGUGCCAGAUGCUUUGGAUACUUGGAGUCAUUGAAUUCUUGUAGUAACCCUGUGAGAGAGGGAGUCUUUUCCCCACAUUGUAGAAGAAGGAAAAAGGGCUCAGAGAGGUCAAGAAAUGUCCCUGAGAUCACAUGGCUUCUAGUGGAGUCAAGAUCCAAACCCAAUGUGUCUGAUUCCUUAGCCCUUGGGGGGUCCAGAGGCUGCUGAACAAGAAAGGAGGUGGAGAGGAGAGAAAGCUGCAGGAAUACCACCACACACCCUUCUCCCUCCCCUGUAAAAACAACCCUGGGAACUCCCUGGACACUAGCAGAAUAUCAUACACUAAGGAUAAGGGAUGAGAGGAGGCUGGUUAGAAAUAAAGCAAUGUCAGGGGGAAGGAGCUACUCAGUAGGCUCUGUGUGAUUCUAGAAAGACUGUAUGAAAAUUCUGAACAGUGAACAGAAUAAACAAUAAAGGUGCAAUGGAAAAAAAUACUCGAUGUCUUUUCUUUCAACAUUGUGGGAUAUAAAACAUUUCAAUGUCA